AUGGAGCCAGUAGGUCUUGCGGUAGCGUGCGCUGGGGCAUUCCAGCAGCUGUUUGAGAUCGCAUUAGCGGCCAAGAAAGCAAUCGACGCAGCCAAAAACUUUGGUGACGAGGCGAUCAAGCUUCAAGAUGCACUAGGAGCGCACAGAGCUCGAGCAACAGCCUUGCAGGGUCUGCUUUUCGACCCUUUUGGAGAUACAGCACCGGGGCAAGAGAUUGCCAGCACUGGAUCACAGCUUUUUGAUGAAAUCCCUGAGUAUGUCCAACUAGCCAUUGUUGACUGUCUGCGCCAAUGUGAUCGUGUGGAAACCGCGCGGUACCCGAGUCUCGAAGGGUACCAAAGGACAGGCAUGGAAGCAAAGGUGGGAAUGAAGUCACUCGAUCAUCUGAACGAAUCCCCGGAAGAGAUUAUGCAACGCAAGGCAAGAACAGCGACGUUGGCAAAGUGGGCAAUCAAAGAUCGCAAAAAGAUGAAGAAGAUGGUUGAAGAAUAUGGGAGCUGGAUCAGCAUGGCUUUUCAACUCGUCAGAGAUUACCUCUUGAUUGUUGAAACCAAUGAUCGCCGACUUACUGCGUUGGAGAAAAGUCGACCUGCGGCAGCACUUGGUCUAGCCCAGGAUGCUCGCCUUCGUCGCAUUACAGCGUAUGAAGCCGUGCCGCCCGAUGUCAGAAUCAUCAAACUGGAUCUGGACAUGCGUGAUUUGGAUAUAGGAGAACAGGAGGCACCCGCGGAGGAGGCGGCGGAGGAGCUUACAUCAUCCUUGCAGAAGCUGUCGGUUCAAGGCCAGUUGAUGCUGGUCGAGUACCACGAAUAUACCGUGGAUAUAUCCGCUACCGCCAUAGGCAGCGUUCCGCCUCUUGUUCACGAGCAGGUUGGACAGUUGGCAGCUCUUAUGCAGAGCCCGAAACCGGCUGAAUUUCUGGCUCUCCAAUCAACCGGUCUGCUACAUCAACCGGCCUUGAACCGCUUCGCCUUCUUCUACGAGAUACCUGGAAAUCCUAGCUUUCUCCAGAUGGAGAAUCUCGAGCAAAUUGUGCAGAAACAUCAAUUCCUCAAACCAUCUCUCACGCAACGGGUCUGGCUUGCGCGGCGGUUGGUAGGUGCAGUUGCAAAUUUCCAUACAGUUGGCUGGAUUCACAAAAGCCUUCGAAGCGCGAACGUCGUUUUCUUUCGUCAGUCGUGGCCGGAAUACGCUCCAUUUCCGGACGAUGGGUUCAGUAACUUACGAAUCUGCGGCUUCGAAUACUCUCGUCCUUCUCAACCUGGCGUCGGUUCAUUGCGGUACGCAGACUCCAGCAUCGCGAGAAAUGUCUACCGCCAUCCGGAGCGGUGGGGCAAGCCGGCCAAAUAUUUCAUGCCUCAACACGAUUUCUAUGCGCUCGGGGUGAUAUUGCUUGAAAUCGGCUUAUGGGAAUCCGUGUUCUCUCUCCAAUCUCAUCGCUUCAAGAAUUGGCGAGAAAAUCCGGAACUAGUCCGUCAAAGAAUUCUCGAGCAUACCCGGACAAGGCUGGCCGCUGCCGCGGGCGAGGAGUAUGCGAAAGUGGUUCUACUCUGUCUCACGGUCAAGUCGCCGUGGGAAGAUGACUCGGGGGUUGAGAUCCAAGCAUGGUUCCAAACCAAUGUUGUUGAAUCAUUGGAGGGCGUUGCUUGCUAG